AUGUUCCCACUGGAAUACUGGGGAUCGAUUUUUGCAAUUGCGAAUGUUCCCACUGGAAUACUGGGUAUCGACUUUUCGCAGUACUAUGAAUUGCAUGUCGAUUCACGUAGGACUCAGUUCAUCAACCCAGCGUCUAACAUUAAAGUUACGGGUCUCAAAGCCCGAACAGACGUUUACCGAAUCACGGGUUUAAUGCCUGAUAUCCCAGUGGAGUUCCAGACAUUGAUCGCCCGAUUCCCCACAUUGACUAAACCUAUUGAGGACCUAACACUGGUGACUGAUCGUGUUGCACACUACAUAAUCACUAAGGGUCCACCAGUCGCGACGCGAUCUCGCCGACUGGCACCGGAUAAAUUAGCUUUUGCUAAG